CGCCGCCCGGGUGCCCAGCGCCGCGGCCCGCGGCCCCCUCGGCUUCCCCCCCAGCGCGGCCGGCGACGAGGCGGGGGCAGGAUGAGGAUGGCGGUGGACUUCGAGGAGUGCCUCAAGGACUCGCCCCGCUUCAGGGCUGCUUUGGAAGAAGUAGAAGGAGAUGUGGCCGAAUUGGAACUAAAGCUCGAUAAGCUUGUGAAACUUUGUAUUGCAAUGAUUGAUACCGGAAAGGCCUUCUGUGUUGCAAAUAAACAGUUCAUGAAUGGGAUUCGAGACCUGGCACAGUAUUCUAGUAAUGAUGCUGUAGUUGAGACAAGUUUGACCAAGUUUUCUGACAGUCUUCAAGAAAUGAUAAAUUUUCACACAAUCCUAUUUGAUCAAACUCAGAGAUCAAUUAAAGCACAGCUUCAGAACUUUGUUAAAGAAGAUCUUAGAAAAUUCAAAGAUGCCAAGAAGCAAUUUGAAAAAGUCAGUGAGGAAAAGGAAAAUGCAUUAGUAAAAAAUGCUCAAGUACAAAGAAACAAACAGCACGAAGUUGAAGAGGCCACGAACAUUCUGACAGCAACAAGAAAAUGUUUUCGACAUAUAGCCCUCGACUACGUACUUCAGAUUAAUGUCCUUCAAUCAAAAAGGAGAUCAGAAAUCCUAAAAUCAAUGUUAUCUUUUAUGUAUGCCCAUUUGGCCUUCUUCCAUCAAGGAUACGAUCUAUUCAGUGAACUGGGGCCCUACAUGAAGGAUCUUGGUGCACAGUUGGAUCGACUGGUUGUGGAUGCAGCAAAGGAGAAAAGAGAGAUGGAGCAAAAACAUUCCACCAUUCAACAAAAGGCUGCAUUACAGGAUUUCUCCAGUGAUGAUUCUAAGUUAGAAUAUAAUGUAGAUGCUGCAAAUGGCAUUGUUAUGGAAGGAUAUCUGUUCAAAAGAGCCAGCAAUGCCUUCAAAACUUGGAACAGGAAAAAGCCCGAUCAUAUCAGACGCUGGUUUUCAAUACAGAACAAUCAGUUGGUUUACCAGAAAAAGUUUAAGGAUAACCCCACUGUGGUAGUGGAAGAUCUAAGGCUCUGCACGGUGAAACACUGUGAAGACAUAGAACGACGUUUCUGCUUUGAGGUAGUCUCUCCAACAAAAAGUUGUAUGCUUCAGGCAGAUUCUGAAAAGCUGCGCCAGGCAUGGAUUAAGGCUGUUCAGACCAGUAUUGCCACUGCUUAUAGAGAGAAGGGUGAUGAAUCAGAGAAGCUGGAUAAGAAAUCAUCUCCAUCCACAGGAAGCCUGGAUUCUGGAAAUGAGUCAAAAGAUAAAUUAUUGAAAGGAGAAAGUGCACUACAGCGAGUCCAGUGUAUUCCUGGCAAUGCCAGCUGUUGUGACUGUGGUCUGGCCGACCCACGGUGGGCCAGCAUCAACCUGGGCAUCACUCUGUGUAUCGAGUGCUCUGGGAUUCACAGGAGUCUUGGAGUUCAUUUUUCAAAAGUACGAUCUUUAACUUUAGACACCUGGGAGCCUGAACUUUUAAAGCUUAUGUGUGAGUUGGGAAAUGAUGUUAUAAAUCGAGUUUAUGAAGCUAAAGUGGAAAAAAUGGGAGUAAAGAAACCACAACCAGGACAAAGACAGGAGAAAGAGGCAUAUAUCAAAGCAAAAUAUGUGGAGAGGAAAUUUGUGGAUAAAUAUGCUAUAUCAUCAUCACCUCCUGAGCAGGAAAAAAGGAUGGUCUCCAAAAGUUGCGAAGAAAAGAGGCUGAGCAUUUCUAAACUUGGGCCGGGUGACCCAGUCAGGGCGCCUCCCCAAAGUUCAGUCAAAAGUAAUGAUAGUGGGAUCCAGCAGAGCUCUGAUGAUGGAAGAGAAUCUUUACCCUCCACGGUGUCUGCCAAUAGUUUAUAUGAGCCUGAGGCAGAAAGGCAAGAUUCUUCUGUGUUUCUCGACUCUAAACAUCUUAAUCCAGGACUCCAGCUUUAUAGGGCUUCAUAUGAAAAAAAUCUUCCUAAAAUGGCUGAGGCUUUGGCUCAUGGCGCGGAUGUGAACUGGGCUAAUUCAGAGGAAAAUAAAGCAACACCGCUUAUUCAGGCUGUAUUAGGGGGUUCUCUGGUGACCUGCGAGUUUCUCCUACAGAAUGGUGCUAAUGUGAACCAGAGAGAUGUGCAAGGGCGGGGCCCACUGCACCAUGCCACUGUCUUGGGACACACAGGACAGGUAUGUUUAUUUCUAAAACGAGGUGCCAAUCAACAUGCCACUGAUGAAGAAGGGAAAGACCCUUUGACUAUCGCUGUGGAAGCAGCCAAUGCUGAUAUAGUGACUUUGUUACGUUUAGCAAGAAUGAAUGAAGAGAUGCGGGAAUCAGAAGGACUUUAUGGACAGCCAGGUGAUGAAACCUACCAGGAUAUUUUUCGUGAUUUUUCCCAAAUGGCAUCCAAUAAUCCAGAGAAACUGAAUCGUUUCCAGCAAGAUUCACAGAAAUUCUGAGUUUUUUUCAGAAGGGGAAAAUAUUAAUUUGAAUGAUCCCCUAAAGUGUACAUCUGAAAUCUCACAAAUUUUUACUGCUUUAAUACUACUUAAUUUUAGUAGAUAUUGAAUGGCUUGGAAAAAAGGUACCCAUUCACUGAUAUUUUUAUAAAUUAAAACCUAGAGUUCUAGUAGUUGGGAGACGAACUUACUUUAAGACCUCUGUUAUUAAAAAAACAACAAAAAAAGCCUGUUUAAAGGGCUAUUUUUUAUAGAUAAAGUCAAAUCUAGACUUAGGCCAUCUCUAGGUUAUAAGAUGCUAAGAGUUUGGACAAAAUCUCUGGUUUUUGCCAGUGAGUGGUAGCAUUGAUUUUUUUUUUUUUUUCUAUGCAUCACGCCCAGGAUCAUUCAGCCAAACAUAUCUGCUUCAAAGUGGGAGCCAACAGUCCUGCCUGUCUGAAGAAUAUGUUUUUUCUUUAGCUUCCCUGAUGAUUUUUGGUGGUUCAAUCUUUUGUUUUGUUUUCUGGUGUCCUAGAUAUCAUACACAAAAUAUGUAAUUUAAUUACCAUAGCUAGAGAGUAAGUUUCCCUCAUUUGCUCAUAAAUGUAGCGAUACUCUUUAGAUGUCUGGUUAUUGUCAUGUACUUUAACGUAUGUGUAAUGGCUGUACAAAUAGACAUAACUCAGUCUUUUAGAUUUAUUUCAUUUUAUGAAGCAAAAAGAAGCCCUUAAUUUUUUUUUUUUAAAACCAAAAUCCUUACUUAUAGAAGUUGUAGCUGGGUUGGUUUCCUAAAACCUUGACAAAUUUAUUGAUGUAAUAAAACUAUGAGGUUUUAUUGGAGGUUCAGAGGUUACUUGAAUGUUGCAAAAUUAUGCUUUCAUCAGAUUGUAACUUUCAAAGGAAAAGUUUAUUUAUAAAAUAAUGUAGAGCAUUUUUAUAUUUGAAGUUUCUCCUUUUCAAGAUAGAGUUUUGCUGUUGAACUGAGUAAAAGAAAAAAAGCCCACUUUUUCUUAGUUUAUAUUAAAAUACAUAAUGAUAAGUUGCUUUUUAACUUUUUCAACAUUUAUCCUGUGUACAUCUGUACACAGUGUACAUUACUUUAAAUUGGGUGGUUACAUGAAACACUGAUCUUGGAAUUCCAAACAUGGAUCUACUCAUUUACAUAUAAACACUAUAAAUUUGUCUGAUUCCAUCUUUGAUAUAUCUUGUCAGGAGUACAAAAUAAGUAAUUUGCCUUAUUGUUUCUAAUACUGUCAGCAAUUAAGUUUAAUCUUCUUUUACAAGUUACAUGUAAGUGGUAUUACUGAUACUCAGUUUCU